AUGGUGGACGCCGUGGUUUCAUUUGCCGCGGAGAAAUUAGGUGAUGCACUUAUUAAUGAAACAAUUUUCUUACUAGAUGUGCGCGACCAAGUCCAGGAGUUGCGUGAUGAACUAAGAAGAAUGCAGUGCUUCUUAAAAGAUGCGGAUGCAAAGCAACAACGAGGAGACGAGCGUGUUCGCAACUGGGUAGCGGAUAUCAGGGAUGUCGCUUAUGAUGCGGAGGAUGUUGUUGACACUUUUAUGCUUAAAAUUGGCGCAACCCCUAAAUCUGGAGGAGUAGGAAGUUUGAUUAAGAGGAAGGCUUUGAUGGUCAAGAAUUUGAGACAUCUCUAUAGAGUUGGGAAGCAGAUCCAAGCUAUCCAGGAUGAAGACGUUACUGGUUUGGAGGAAUACACAAAGACGUUGCUGGAUGAAUUGUUGAAAGAUGAUAAACGAUGUCGCGUAGUAUCUAUCGUCGGUGUUGGAGGUCUUGGCAAAACCACUCUAGCCAAGAAAAUAUUCAAACAUGAUAAAGUUAUGCGUCACUUCGAUUGCCAUGCUUGGUGUUCUAUAUCUCAACAGCUUAACACGGGAGAUGUCUUGUUAGGAAUUCUAAAAAAGUUUAUGAAUCCAAAUAAGGAUGAGUUGAGCAUGAUCAAAGAGUUGAACAAUCGAAAUCUUGUCGAAAAGCUGGACGGCUACCUCCAAGAUAAGCGAUACUUCAUUGUGGUGGAUGAUUUGUGGAGUUCCGAAGACUGGAAUAUUAUAAAACCUUCCUUUCCGAAUGGGAAGCGAGGAAGUAAAAUAUUGCUAACCACUCGGAACAGAGAGGUUGUUUCGAUAGCAGAUCCAUGGAGCCUUCAACUCGAACCUAAACUUUUAGAUGAGGAGGAGAGUUGGGAAUUACUUGUAAAAAAGCAUUUCCAAAGACUACAAGAGAUACUAAUUGCUACCACGCGGAUCUGGAGAAGUUAG